GUUUCUAGGCCUGAGGUGCCCACCCUGGCCCCUGUGCCCACCGUUGCUGCUGGAGAAUGAACCAGUCGCAGAGAAUGGCGCCUGUUGGCACAGACAAGGAGCUCAGUGACCUCCUGGAUUUUAGCAUGAUGUUCCCGCUGCCUGCAGCCAACGGGAAAGGCCGGCCUGCCUCCCUGGCCAGUGCCCAGUUUGGAGGUUCAGGUCUUGAUGACCGGCCCAGCUCAGGCUCCUGGGGCACCAGUGACCAGAACAGUUCAUCCUUUGACCCCAGCCGGACCUACAGUGAGGGUGCCCACUUCAGUGAGUCCCACAGUGGCCUCUCUUCGUCCACAUUCCUGGGACCCGGACUUGGAGGCAAGGGUGGCGAGCGGAGUGCCUACACCACCUUCGGGAGAGACGCGGGUGCUGGUGGCUUGACUCAGGCUGGCUUCCUGCCGGGCGAGCUGGCCCUCGGCAGCCCUGGGCCGCUAUCCCCUCCAGGCAUCAAGGGUGGCUCCCAGUACUACAGCUCCUACCCUGGCAACCCUCGGCGCAGGGCUGCGGACGGCAGCCUGGACACGCAGCCCAAGAAGGUACGGAAGGUGCCACCGGGUCUCCCGUCCUCGGUGUACCCACCCAGCUCAGGUGACGACUAUGGCAGGGAAACUGCUGCCUACCCAUCUGCCAAGACCCCCAGCAGCACCUACCCCACCCCCUUCUACAUGGCAGAUGGCAGCCUGCACCCCUCAGCCGAGCUCUGGAGUCCCCCAGGCCAGGCAGGCUUCGGGCCCAUGCUGGGUGGGGGCUCAUCCCCCCUGCCCCUCCCUGCAGGUGGUGGCAGCUCUGUGGGCAGCAGCAGUGGGGGCGCCUUUGGUGGCCUGCACGAGCGCAUGGGCUACCAGCUGCAGGGAGCGGAGGUGAAUGGUGGGCUCCCAGCCGUGUCCAGCUUCUCCUCGGCCGCUGGGGCUGCCUACAGCAGCAUCUCCAGCCACACGCCACCUGUCAGCGGGGCUGACAGCCUCAUGGGCUCUCGUGGGACCACAGCCGGCAGCUCCGGGGAUGCCCUCGGGAAGGCGCUGGCCUCGAUCUACUCCCCAGAUCACUCAAGCAAUAACUUCUCCUCCAGCCCCUCGACUCCCGUGGGCUCCCCACAGGGUCUGGCAGGGACGUCACAGUGGCCCCGAGCAGGAGCCCCUGGUGCCUUAUCACCCAGCUACGAUGGGGGUCUCCACAGCCUGCAGAACAAGAUGGAAGACCACCUGGACGAAGCCAUCCACGUGCUCCGCAGCCACGCCGUGGGCUCAGCAGGCGACAUGCAUGGGCUGCUGCCCGGCCACGGGGCGCUGGUCUCAGGCUUCACGGGCCCCCUGCCGCUGAGUGGGCGGCACACCGGCCUGGUAGGAGGCGGCCACGCGGAGGAUGGUCUCGCGAGCAGUGCCAGCCUCAUGCACUCACACGCGACCCUCCCCAGCCAGCCCAGUAGCCUCCCCGAGCUCUCGCGGCCACCUGACUCCUACAGCGGACGGGGGCGAGCGGGCACUGCAGCAGGCACUGGUGACAUCAAGCGGGAGGAGAAGGAAGAUGAGGAAAAUGCAUCAGUGGCCGACAACUCGGAGGAGGAGAAGAAGGACCUGAAGGCCCCCCGGACCCGGACCAGCCCAGACGAGGACGAGGACGACCUUCUCCCCCCAGAGCAGAAGGCCGAGCGGGAGAAGGAGCGCCGGGUGGCCAAUAAUGCCCGCGAGCGGCUGCGGGUCCGCGACAUCAAUGAGGCUUUUAAGGAGCUGGGGCGCAUGUGCCAGCUGCACCUCAACAGUGAGAAGCCCCAGACCAAACUGCUCAUCCUGCACCAGGCCGUGUCGGUGAUCCUGGGCCUGGAGCAGCAGGUGCGAGAGCGUAACCUGAACCCCAAAGCGGCCUGCUUGAAGCGGCGAGAGGAGGAGAAGGUGUCAGGUGUGGUCGGCGACCCCCAGAUGGUGCUUUCUGCUGCCCACCCGGGCCUGAGCGAGGCCCACAACCCCACUGGGCACAUGUGAGAGGUAUGCUGCCACCGGACGAACGACCCAGCCUCAGCCCUGCGUCCUGGGCUCAGGUGUAACCCACAACGGCCCCGUGAGGUGUCAGGUGUUUAUCCGUGAAAUGGGCCGGAUGGUCCGCACCCCACAGCCAGCCGUCGUUGGCAUCGAGCCCCAAUGCCUGAGCUAAUGAGGCUCUGAGGGAUGGGGUCACCGGGUCCAGGAGGCCCACGGGCUCCCUGGCUGGUCCCGCUCCCCAAGUCUCUGCCACCUUGACACCCUGCGACGUGCCCCGUGGAUCCUGAAGCUGUAUCUUGGCUCCACUGCCAGGACGGAAAGGAGCUUUUUUUGUUUUUUGGUAAACAAAACCGGAAAGCAAGCAACAAAACACAUGUCAGAAAAGAAAGAAAAAGAUGCCUUAACUACAAAACGUAGAGGAACCGAAACAUAUCACCCAAGGGAGACGCUGUGCAAACCUGGCUUGUUCUUCAAAAGCCACCAGCAAAUUGUGCCUAAGCAGACUUUUUUUUAAAGAAAAGUAAAAGAACAUUAGUUACAAUUUUUUUUUUUUUUAAUGUAGAAGAAAAUUAGCGAGAAUGAUGCCUUUGGUCUUUUUUUUUUAAGCUUUUUUUGCAUAUGUUUUGUAAGCAACAAUUUUUUUUGUAUAAAAGUCUCAUGUCUUGCUAUUUCUGCUGCUGUUUCUAGAACUGAGCGUUGCAUUUCAUGAUCAACCAGAUUAUUAAAAGUUGUGUUAAAAAGACCGGAUGGAAACCUGAGGUCCCCCCACCCCUCUGCUCUGGAAGCCGCUGCACAGAACCCAGGCGGGGGCUGGCUGGGGUUCUCGCUCAUGUUUUGCUUUUCAGAUGGCGGGGGGGGCGGUGUUCUCUUGGUUUUGUUCUGUGUGAAGGGCUGGGGGCCUUUCCCUGGUGGGAGGUGUCCUUUGGGCCCUUUUCCAUCCUCCUCCACCCUCAGCAAUCAGUACCCCUCACUCCUGGUCUUGCGGGGAAGGGAGGUCUUGGGAGGUCGGGAUCCUCCAGGUGACACAGCCAAGGGUCCUUGUCAAGGCAGCUCUGGCCCCCAAGGCACCUGCCGCACCCCAACAUCCCUCCCUGGGACCCGCACGUCUCUGAACUGAGGGACUUUGUUGGGACCAAUGAUCUCUGGUACAGAAACCACUCCCAAGAGCACAGUGCUGGGAGUGUCCCUGGACUACCUGUUCUUCAUUCCAUUCACCUGGGGACCUGACUUUGAGGGGACCAGGAUCAACCCUGCCCCUGAAUGGCCAUCCUGGCAGGGACAGGCUGCCAGGGGGCUCCAUCAGCCUCCGCCCACUCUGAGGAGCAUCCUGACCCCAGGGCCACACCUGCUGCCCUGGCCACGUGCACAGGGCUCAAGGUUGAGUGUGGCCAGAGCAAGGGGGAAGGUGUGGAUUCUCUGUGGCCCAGAAGGUGCCCAGUGGUUUGUCUAACCAUGUCAUCUGGAAGACUAAGGGUGGGCCACCUCAGGCCAUCUGCUUCGUGUCCCAGUACUCAGGCCUCUUUCCAAGUCCUCCUUACUGGUCUCGUGUCCUGAGAGGGACUGACUCAUCCCGGUUUGCUCAGGACUGUCCUGGGCUUAAAACUUAAGUUUCAAUGUCCCUGGAACCCCUUCGGUCUCAAGCAAACCAUGGCGAUGGUCACUCUGUGGGUCAGGACUGCUGGGGGCCUUCCUUUUCCCUUCCCCCACACCUGGCAUAAAGGCCUUAUGGAUCCCCAGGCUGGCUGCAUUCACCCCACCAGCAUCCCCCGUGCGUCUCUACCAAGACCCCCACUGCUGCCUGCAGGAGAGCCGGACCGCCUGGCCACCCCUCCCCAGACUGGAAUUCCCCAAGGCUGAGGCCCAUGGGAAGUUCAAGUGGGACCCCAAGGCCAGCUCGAGGCGCUGGCGACCCUCACCUCCCCAUUCAGCAGCCCUGGGGUCUGCCCCCGGGACAGGUCAGCGGGCAGAGGGAAACUGGCCAAUGCUCCUGUCUUGGUGACUUCCUGCCCCGGUGACUUCCUGCCCCAUGUGGGUUUUGUCUCUUUUAGCAAACCUGCCUCGGUUUCCUUCUUCUUUAGCUUCUGGUCCUGCCCAUAAGUCCCGAUGGGCAGCCGCCAAGGAGCCUCUGAGGCCCUGUCGACUUUGGGACUGUAUUAUAUAUAUAAUUUAAGUUAUAUAUAGUGAGAUUAACCCAGCACAAGAAAAGAACAGCAAUUGGGGAUGGGGAAUAACCACAGUUUUGAGGGGGAAAUUGUGCUCUGAGUGCCUAAAGAUAACUGGUUUAAAAAAAUUUUUUUUAAAGAAAAAUACUUUUUAUACAUGUCAACACAGCUGGCUGGAUUAUUUUGGAUUUUUAAAUGAUCCUCUUUGAAGUCGCUCUGGAGACCUGUCCUGUACGUAACAGCACUGUAGCAAUAAAUGUGACAUUUUGUAACGAU